AGCCACAAACGCUGAACUGCGCAGGUGCUGGGGUAAAGUUGGUAGCUGGAGCAUCGUUUCAUUUGAGUUGGUAGGGUAUCAACUUGCUAGCUAGGUACAUUUUGCAAACAGCUUCAGUAUCGGGGAGUUAUACUUUGAUAGCUAUGUCUGAGGGAAGUGAUAUAACACGGACAGCUGAGGAACAGCAGGAAAUGGAUGAUAAAGUUGUAAGUCCGGAGAAGGCCGAAGAGGCGAAACUGAAGGCACGGUAUCCUCAUCUUGGUGCCAAACCCGGAGGAUCUGACCUUCUCAGGAAACGACUCCAGAAAGGGCAUCAAAAGUACUUUGAUUCCGGGGACUACAAUAUGGCGAAAGCCAAGGGUAAGAGCAAACAAGUGCCAACGGCCACAACGGAAAAGGCUGAAAUUACGGGGGACCACAUCCCAACGCCUCAAGAUCUGCCCCAGAGAAAGCCGUCGAUUGUGGCAAGCAAGCUGGCCGGUUGAAUUGAAAGGUUUUGUGACGUCAACUGUUUUGUUACCAUUCCGGCCCUUCACGUCUACAUAUUGGCCAACCCAUCCUUUUGUCGUCUUGUAUCUCCUUGAUAAGAAAUGAGAAAUUACUGUUUAAUCAACCAGGAUAUGUAUGCCACAUAACUCUCUCAUAGAACUAGAAAUUAUUGACACGAUGUGUAGGACUUUUUCUGAAAUCUAAUAUAGUGACUGGUUGAAAGUCAUCCCAAUCUGUUGGAGAGAAGCCCCGUUCUACUACUGUUUUUACAUUUUGCAUUGCACCUCCUAUUAGAAUUGUGAAAUAAUGUUGUUGUUUUGGAUUAUAUCUACCCCCUCCAUGAACGCUAUAUUCUUUGUUGAUUGCAUUGAAAAUGGUUUGGACAUAGCCCUUCUUAGGUGGUCUUGUUACAAUUAAUAUUUGUGACAUUGAUUUUCAAAGGCUGCUGUGAACAUGCAUCUCAUCUUGACUUCUAAAAUGGCCUUAACAGUAAUGAACCACUGUUUUUCUCGGGCAAUAUUUGCUCACUCCAGUGAGAAUCUCUGUGAAUGAAGCGGUUUUGUAGUCAAGCAACUCACGAAAAUGAAUUAUCUGGAGUGUGCAUGUGCAUUUAUUGUACAGUCACCUUGUGCCAUUUGUUUUGUAAAUAAAAUAGUUUUGCACAAUA